AUGUGUCCGCUCGCCAUGGGUUACAGCUCCAACGGCGGCGCUGCUUCAUCUGGUUUCACGGCGAGGAUGUGGAGCGAUGGUUCACGGUGGCAGUCGGCUUUUUGGGGUCAUGGAGGUGAUCGUUUUCAAUCUAGAUCUCUCUGGGUUCAUUGCAAGUGCGGAGGUGAUGCGGUCUUUGCCGCUUCCGUGAUUGCUUGCCAUAUGGUUUGUUUCCCGGAAAUGUCUCCGGACUGUUUCGAAUGGCAAGGCUUCGUCUUUGUGGGGUUUGGUUGGACUUCUAUCUAG